AUGUCCGGCACCUUGAUAUCUUCCUUGGUCUGGGUACCAAGAGGCAAAGCUUCGCUCGAACCGAAAAGAUAUAAUCUAGAUGAUAGCGAGCUUGAACGAGUCGGGAAACUUGGUGGUCCCGGUGUAUUGGAGAAAUUGAGAGAGGAGAUGGAAGGUAUGGAUGUUGGUGAAGGAGAAGAAUGGGAAGACGUCGGGGAAGACGGUGAAGGAAGUGGAUCUGGUUCUGGGUCCGGCUCAGAAGAUGAAGAUGAGAGCAAAGCAGAUAACGAGGAUGUGGAUAUGGAUACCGAGCCAAAAGAACCACCCAAACCUUCUGAUCCCAAUGAUAUCUCGGCUUUCAAGAUGGAAGAAUAUGAUAAUGAGGAGUCUAAAGGUGUUGCUAUGGGAGCUUUUGCGAAUGUCAAGGGUUUGUCGUUCUACCGGGAUAAUAACGAGGAUCCUUAUAUCACUUUGAAAGAGGACGACGACGAGAUUGAGCGAGAAGAACUUUCCCUUUUACCUACCGACAACAUAAUCAUUACAGCUCGAACGACAUCCGACUUGUCAUCACUCGAUUUCCAUGUAUACGCCGAUGCUGAUGAGAAUCUUUACGCCCAUCAUGAUUUGAUGUUACCGAUGUUCCCGUUAUGUGUUGAGUGGUUAGAUUUCCCAUGUGGAGAAUCAUCGUCAUCAAAUGCCAAUGAUUCCAACCCUCAUCAGAAAGGAAGUUAUGUAGCAGUAGGAUCGUUUGAUCCGUCAAUCGAAAUUUGGGAUGCGGAUUUAGUUGAUGGAUUAUAUCCUCAAGCGAUAUUAGGUCCUUCACCUUCAUUAGAUAAACCAGAAGCCGUUCCAGCUGGAACAGGUAAAAAAAAAAGAAAACAAUUAAUUCAACCUCCUUCAAACGAAAAUUAUCAUACUCAACCUGUUUUGUCUUUAUCUUGGACACCCAAUCAUCGUAAUUUACUCUUAUCAGGUUCAGCAGACGGUACGAUAAAAUUAUGGGAUUUGACUAGAGUAUCUCCAAUGCCAGCUUUGAAAAGUUGGGAUAAAAUUCAUGGAGGUGAAAAAGUACAAGGUGUUGAAUGGAAUAAAAGUACCUCAGCAGGUCUAGAUAAAGCUGUUCUGAGUGCUGGUUGGGAUAGAAUAGUCAAAGUUUGGGAUAGUAGAGCUGCCGAUGAUGCCAUUGGCGUCAAAGUCGCAAGUGAUGUCGAAUGUAUAAGGUGGGAUCCUUGGGAACCAACUUCUUUCUUCGUAUCACUUGAAAACGGCUUAAUCUUAGCAUACGAUUCACGAACCCUUUCAUCCUCCAAAAACUCCCAAAAUCUAUCUUCCGCUCAACCUAAAUACACGCUUUCAGCACACGAUGGUGCCGCUUCAGCAAUGGAUAUCAAUCCUCACAUUAGAGGAUGUAUCGCAACGGGUGGUAUGGAUAAAAUGGUAAAAGUAUGGAAUAUCUUAGACGAAGAAAGCGAAGGUGUUAAAGGUAGAAAGAGAGAGAUCAGUCUAGCUACAAGUAGAGAUUUAGGUUUGGGUAAAAUAUUCACUGCAAGAUGGUCACCUGAUCCAGAAACUCCACUCACCAUAGCAGCAGCAGGAUCAAAAGCGAACCUACAAGUAUGGGACGCAGCCUCGAACGCAGGUGCAAGAAAGGCUUUCGGAGACAGACUCAGAAGACAUGGAAGAGAAUUGGGUGAAAUCAAGAAAGGCGGUGGUGUCGUAGUUGUUGAAGGUGGCGAAGAUGAGGAUACCGAUGAUGAAGCGUAA